AUGUGGAUCUCACCUGAUGGAAAAUUUCACAAAUUAAUUGUAGUUGAAGGUGAUUGGGGUAAAAAGCCAUCGGAACAGACUGAAUGUACAAUAUUUGUGUCAGAUUGUCCAGACUCGUUCUUAGAGUAUAAUAACACGACUGUAGUGAUAGGUGAUAGUGAUAAUGAGAUAAGACGAAAUUUAGAUUUAUGUUUAAUUACAAUGAACGAGGGCGAAACGGCCAAGUUCAGAAUCACCGCGGAAAAUGUAUCAUUCACUCUUAAGCUAGAAAAGUUGAAAUUCAAUGGCUACAUUUACGAAUGGAGUGCGAAAAAGAAAUACGAAAUUGCACAACACCACAAAGAAAGGGGUGUGGAGUUAUAUAAACAAAACAGGGGCAAAGACGCCGCGCACAGAUUUAUCAAAGGUUUGAAAGUCUUGUCUUCGAUACCAAUUGAUGCUGAAACACCACCCGAACAAAUUGAGACAAUCCCUCUUGAAGAUAUUUAUAAAUUAAAAGCCAAUUUGUACAAUAACUUAGCUUCGUUUUACUUGAAAAAGGAAGAUUGGCUGCUUACUAUAGACACCUGCAAACGCGUUUUUGAUUUUGAUAGUGGUAGUAUUAAGGCACAUUAUAAACUUGCUGUUGCUUAUAUUAAAGACAAAAAUUUCGAAGCGGCUGAAAAAGAGCUGGACGUUGUUUUAGCUGCUGAACCUAGCAAUAAGGCCGCCAGUGACCACAUGAAACAUGUCAAGGAGGAACUGCGUAAAGCCAACGCUAAAUUUAAUAUGAUGGUUAAGAAAAUGUUCGCUUAGCUGUGCCAUAGAUUAGGAUGAUGUAUUUUUUUAGAAUAAAUGUUCAGUCUCAGAUCA